UAUAUGUGCGAAAACCUUCAGAGACCACACAGUCUUCUCUCCUUGUUUAUUCUUGUUUCUUGCCCUUUCUUCUCGGUUUCAAACCUCGUCCGUGGGAUUGGAUUUGUCAUUUGCGGGCUAAUUGGCACUCCAAGUCACUAAUCGUGCCAUUUCGCUUGAUCACGGUUUUGUCGGUUCGUCUCCAUUAUCUCAAUCAUUCGUCCAUUCAUAUACUCCAUCAGAUUCUGGCUCUUUUAGAUGCAGAAGCCGGGGAUAAUAUAAACAGGAUCUUUUGACAUUUUCCCUCUCCUAGUCCUACCGUGACAUUGCUCGCUCACCGAUGAGCCCUUCACACGAGCUGCAAUCAGGCAUGGCAUCCCGUUUUACUCUACUGGCGUGCAUCGGCGCGCUGUUUGCCGGCGCUGCCGCCCCUGUUCCGCCGGCAACAUUCGUCUUCGGCGACUCGCUCGUCGACGCCGGCAACAAUAACUACAUCGCCACGCUGUCCCGGGCGAAUUAUGCCCCCAACGGCAUCGAUUUCGACGGCCACCAGGCCACCGGCCGGUACACCAACGGCCGGACCAUCGUCGACAUACUAGGGCAAGAGAUGGGGCUGGGAGGGUUUGUGCUGCCCUACAUGGACCCAAACACCACCGGCGACGUCCUGUUCAGAGGCGUCAACUACGCGUCCGGCGGCGGCGGCAUACUCAACCAGACCGGGAGCAUCUUCGGUGGGCGUAUAAACCUGGAUGCGCAGAUUGACAACUACGCCAAGAACCGGCGCGACAUGAUGACACAGCACGGGGAGGUGGCAGCGGUGAGCCGGCUGAGGGGCGCUCUCUUCUCGGUCACCAUGGGCUCCAACGACUUCAUCAACAACUACCUCGUCCCCGUCCUGUCCGUGCCGGAGCGCGCCGUGACGCCCCCGGAGGCCUUCAUCAACGGCAUGAUCGCCAAGUACCGGCAGCAGCUCAUCAGGCUGUACCUUCUGGACGCCCGUAAGAUCGUGGUGGUGAACGUGGGGCCGAUCGGCUGCAUCCCGUACCUGAGGGACAUUAUGACGACCGGGGCCGGGGCGUGCGCCGAGUUCCCGAACCAGCUGGCCCAGUCCUUCAACCGCAAGCUGCGCGCCGUGGUGACCGAGCUGGGCGCCGGCCUCGGCGGCUCGCGCUUCGUCUACGCCGACGUCUACCGCAUCGUCUCCGACGUCAUCGCCAACUACAAGUCGCACGGGUUCGAGGUGGCGGACUCGGCGUGCUGCUACGUGGGCGGGCGGUUCGGCGGGCUGGCGCCCUGCGGGCCCACGUCGAGCUACUGCGCGGACAGGUCCAAGUACGUGUUCUGGGACGCGUACCACCCCAGCGACGCCGCCAACGCGCUCAUAGCCGCCCGCAUCCUCGACGGCGACCCGGCGGAUAUCUCCCCUGUCAACGUGCGCCAACUGCUCUUCGACGAUGCUUAGCUUGGAACCAACGGACUUAUGAAUCAAACAGGGCCUUAUUGUAUCUCAGAGGCUGUUGUUCCUUCCGUGACUUCCCGCAGAGUGUCCGCGUGCUGUUUUGGAAGUGCUUGGUCCUAUUUGUUCAGUUUGCCUAUCCCAUUCUAGCCACGCUUCAUCUGCGAGGUGUGUCUACUAAUAAAAAAAGGAAAAAAACGA